CGCUGCGGCCCCGAGGCUCGUAGCAGCUCCGCUGGCUGGCCAAGGAGCCAAAACGUUUUCGUGCGCUGCGCUGACAACAUCCUCGCAGGACCAAUAAGCGGACGAUUUAACAGCUCGUGCAAGUUCAAUGUAAAUGCGAAAAUGUAAACAAUACCAGCGCACGCGCAACAACAGAAACAACAACAGCAGUUAUAAAAAAAAUAUAAAACACGCUCUGCCAUAAACUGGAUCUGACUGCCUUCCAGCUGGGAGCCGUUGUCGUAUCCCUUCCAGUGAGGCCUGCAGCACACGGCCAGCGACAUUAACAGCGCCACAGCAACGUCAGCAGUGCUGUCCUGCUAGUCGUGCUGUGUGCUACACUGGCAAAACUCAGGGAAAUUUUCCACAAGCACACGAACACACACACGCACACAAGGCAUACAGUCACACGCACACAGGCACGCACACAGCGUUGUUUUACGUUGCCAAAAAGAAAAGAGGAACGCAACACACACACGUACACAUGGCCCAGCCAAGAGCCGUCAUCAAAAACGAACGCAACGUCAAUGUAGUGGAAAUGCUGCGGCCAGCGUCAGCGCCAGCAGCAGCCGCCGCAAGAGUAGCACCAACAACAGCCGCAGCGAGUUGCUUGUCUAGUGCAUUGCUGUGUUAAUUGUUAUUUAUGUAUAGUAGUGUAUAUAAAUUCGUGUGAUAUUGCAACAACAAUGCAAAAGCAUUACAGCAAAUAGCCGAGAACGUGCGAAGUACAGAAAGAUAGAGAGUGAGGAUAGAGAGGGGCAGAGAGUGAAAGAGAGAGAGAGAGUGAGAGGAGAAGUGAACGAGCUGUUUUUAGUAGUGCAAAAGAAAGCGAGCAAAAUAAAGUUUCACCAACCACAAACAACGACAACUAACGGUUUAGCAACAACCUUAACAACAACAACAACAACAACAAUAACAGGAACAGCAACAGUAACAACAUUUAACGGGUCCAAUGUUGCAGCAAACAACAUGCAGCAAACAACAAUGGCAGCAGUAUCAAGAAGAAGAAAAAGAACUGGAGCAACAACAACAGCAAGAACAGCAGCAGCAGCAGCAGCAGCAGCACCAAGAACAACAGCAAACAGCUAAGGCUACUAGCUACAGCAACAUAGCGCGCCUUGGCAACAUGGGCCUUAGCAACAUGCUGCCAGCCAGCAAUAGCACCACAACAACGAUAGAUUUCAACAGUCGCCGGCGACGCGGUCGCCUACGGGCCGCCCACAAAUGUUGCCGACAAGUGCCAGCAACAAAUGCAAAUGUUGCUUAUACACAACAACAACAACAACAGAAACAACAACAACAACAUACGAAACAAACAAAACACCAUGCAAAGCUUUUGUUAUCAAUAAUGUGCGCGAACAUUGUCGAUUGUGUAAAUAUUUUAAAAUGCUUAGUAUUAUUAACGUUAACAACAACUACAACUGCAACUAAUAAUAACAAAAAUAAGAACAACAAUAGGCACGCCCGUGGGCGUUGUCAGCCGCAAUGCUGCCUCUCGUUGCUCCUGCUGCUCUGCCUCUGCCUCUGCUGCGCUCAGGCCCACAAGCCGAAGAGCGUGCACAAGCAACAACACCAACAGCAAGAGCAUCAGCCGGCGCACAACAACGAUGUCACGUUCAACAACAUGGCCGACGUGCCGCCCACUUAUCAAGUGAAAUCAUCGCAAACAUCGAAUGAGGACGAAGCCGAAAUCCUUUAUCAGUCCUCCGAAAUGUUCGGCGAGGAGGAGGAGGACGACCUUGCGGAUGGACGUGAGCCGAGCGGCCGGCAGGUGAACGAGGAUAAUGCGUCCAACCCACGCGGUAUCAAUGACUCGCUAACCGACAGUUCAAACACCACGAAAACGCCAUUAUUUCCAAAGGAUCUAUUCACGAAAGAACAGCUUGAGAACGGCGCUGUCAUCCUGCACAUUAUCGGAGUUAUUUACAUGUUUGUGGCGCUGGCAAUUGUCUGCGAUGAAUUCUUCGUGCCUUCCCUUGACGUAAUCAUUGAAAAGCUCGGCAUCACGGACGAUGUGGCCGGCGCAACGUUUAUGGCGGCGGGUGGCAGUGCACCAGAGCUCUUCACGAGUGUCAUUGGCGUUUUCGUGUCGUUCGACGAUGUUGGCAUUGGUACGAUUGUGGGAUCGGCUGUCUUCAACAUCCUGUUUGUCAUUGGAAUGUGUGCGCUGUUCUCGCGAACGGUCCUCUCGCUGACCUGGUGGCCUCUGUUCCGCGACUGCUCAUUCUACAGCAUCAGCCUGCUGGUGCUGAUCUAUUUUUUUCGCGACAAUCGCAUCUUCUGGUGGGAGGCGCUCAUCCUAUUUACCAUAUACAUUGCCUAUGUGACCUUCAUGAAGUGGAACGUGCAGGUGGAGCAUUGCGUCAAGAAGAUGAUUACCAAAAACAAGGUGACUCGCGUCCGAAGUACAGAUCAACUUAUGCCUGCAGGUAAUGCGGCCAACUCAUCGGAAACGUCAAUGGCCACACAGCCGGGCGGUUCGGUGACAUCCCGGGCGGCCAGCGAGACCCGCUCGGGUCCAGCCGGAUCGAGCAAUGCGGGCGCUACAGGUAAUAGCAGUGGUGGGACCGCUGGUAGUACACAGACCGGUGCAAAAUUCCGUCAUGGCCUAUUACAGCUAAUGAUACACACCAUAGAUCCACUACACGAUGAUGAUGUUCCAGGCAAAGUGGACGAGAAGGCAACCCAGCUGCAUGCCAUUGCCUCGCUUAAGGUGCUGCUGGAUGCCACAAAGCCGCAACGUGGUGGCGCCACCACCUCGGCGGCCAAUCACGUCAAAAUCAAUCUCAAGGAAACUACGUUGGCCGAUCGCCCCAAUGGGAAUAUCGACACGACGCUCGACUCGCCAUCGUUAAGUGGUCGACGUCCUAGCUGGAUUGAGCAGAGGGUCAAAAUUCAGACACGCAAAUUUAGCAUCAAAGCGCCUGAAAUAAUCGAGGAUGAGCCGGAGCCUUUGAGCAUGGCUUGGCCGGAUACGGCCCGCAAGCGGCUCACGUACGUCCUGGUCGCUCCGCUUCUGGUGCCUAUGUGGCUGACGCUGCCCGACACCCGGACCCCCCGCGGCAAGCGCUACUUCCCCGUCACCUUUAUAGGCUCCAUCGUGUGGAUAGCCGCCUUCUCCUAUCUUAUGGUCUGGUGGGCAAAUGUCGCAGGUGAUACGGCGCGCAUACCGCCAGAGGUUAUGGGCCUUACCUUCCUGGCGGCGGGCACAUCCAUACCGGAUUUGAUUACGUCGGUGAUUGUGGCCCGCAAAGGCUUUGGCGACAUGGCUGUGUCUAGCUCCGUUGGCAGCAACAUAUUCGACGUGACUGUGGGCUUGCCGAUACCCUGGCUGCUCUAUGGGAUUAUCUACGAUGCACCCGUUGAAGUGAAUUCGGUGGGCAUGGUGUGUUCCAUAACCAUAUUGUUUAUGAUGCUCGUUUUUGUGGUGCUAUCAAUUGCCUGCUUCCGUUGGCGCAUGAACAAGGGGUUGGGCUUUACCAUGUUUCUACUGUACUUUGUCUUUGUUGCCGUGUCGCUGAUGUUUGAAUAUGAUUUCAUCACCUGCCCCGUGUAAAUCUGCACCGUUGCAGAUCAGCGACUCUGCAACAAAGACAAAAUGACAAACACCAUCUCACUUCCACACACACACACACACAGAGACACACACAUACACUCAGAGAGACAGGCGAACACUCGCAAACCAAUUAGCUAAAUUUAUACACAAAACAAAUCAAUGAAUUAAAUUAACAAAUUGACUAAAACUAAUCGAAUUGUUAAGCAAAUGCAUAAAUCACAACACGAAUACAGUGAGCAUAACAAAUAAAAGCCAAAAACCAAAUGAAAAUAAUGAAGCAAAAUACGAAAAAGAUAACGAAAGCGAAAGCGAUACCGAAAAGCAAGGUAAAAACGAGUUAGUUAGUGCUAUGUGCAGCGUUUUUUCCUUUCCCCACAAAAGAGACAUUUACUUUAAAUGUUUAGCCGCAGCUUUUAAGCAGUUUAAAAUAUGAAACUAAAGCAACACACCCAAACUCACACACGCACAGACAUACACAUACCCAUACACUAAGCUCUUCACCUCUAUCUAUCUAUGAAUCUAUCUUUCUCUCUACUCGAACUAUAAACCUUUACUAACUUUAUCUAUUAUUGAGUAUAUACUAUUUAAAUACCAA